GGAAACAUUUUCCCCAAAACGCAAAAUUCUCUCAUUUCUCAGCACCUUAAAAAACCUCUGAUCCAAAAUUGAUGGCGAGAACGAAACAAAGCGCCCGAAAAGGCUCUCGCAAGAAACCCUCCGCUGCAGGAGUUAACCCUUCAACUUCCACUCCUCAGCCUCAGUCCACUCCGAGAAGAAGCCCUCGCACAAUUGCUACACCAACAAAGAGUGAUGGAAAAGUACGGAGAAGGCGUAAGCCAGGAACAGUCGCUUUACGUGAGAUUCGGAAAUAUCAGAAGACCUGCAACCUUCUAAUUCCUGCUGCUCCAUUCAUUCGAACUGUAAGAGAGAUCAGCUUCCACUAUGCCCCAAGCGUUGCACGAUGGCAAGCAGAAGCCUUAGUUGUCAUUCAGGAGGCUGCCGAGGAUUACAUAGUUGAGUUGUUUGGAGAGGCUGUACUAUGUGCCAUUCAUGCAAAGCGCGUCACGCUGAUGAAAAAGGAUUUCGAGCUGGCUCGGAGAAUUGGUGGGAAAGGGCGGCCAUGGGGGUGAGAGUGAUUACUGCGUCCAUUAAUUAAAUAAAAUAUAUGUGUUUUUGCCCUUGCCGCUAUAUUAAGUAGGCCACGAAAGUAUCAGAUGCUUUCUUUAAGACUCGCGCAAAACGUCGUUCUUUUGUCACCUCCGCAAAUCCUGUAAAGAGCUUGUGUCUAGUGAAAAACCUAAAAUCCUUAUCCUUUCAACUAGUAGGAGUUGAACUUAGACUUUCUUGUGACUUAGACUAAUUCAAGUUUGAUCUAUUUUUUGUAAAGUCCGUCCGCCGCUCGAACUAAAAUUAGAACAGCGUAUGAUUCUAUCUGAAUGUUCGAUCCGGAUUGCUAUUUGCAAACAUCUGUUCGUAUUUU